CGCUGUGCAAAGUGCUGUACUCAGCUUCGUUGCGUCGGGACUUGAGGUGAAGUCUUUGAGGUUGACCUAACGUCCUCUAUAUGAUGAGGGCUACUACUCGUCGAAAGGUCUCAUACGUUGUAAAGAAUGAAAAUGAUGAUCUUGCCCACCGCUUAGGUGUCAAUUCUCUGGCUUUAGAUCCAUCGGCUGGUAGAUACCCCAACUCUCAUGUAAAUGAAGGCGGCAUUCUAUAUACUGCAGGUCGAGACGGUGUUGUGGCCGGCUGGGACUUGCAUAUGCCCUUUCAACGUGCAGCAAAAUUCGAAAUAGAUGAAGAAGACACUGACACACCGAGAAGAGAGUGGUUAUUGGAUCAAUCGGCUAUUCCUUCCCCACCACCAAAGUCCACACCUCGUGUGUUUUCGCAAACUCAUACUGAUUGGGUUAAUGACAUUAUACUUUGCAAUAAUAAGGAAGUCGUGGUAUCUGCUUCCUCUGAUAGGACCAUCAAGCUUUGGAAGCCCCAUAGCACAACUUUCAAUAGUAUACAUACGCUUGGAAAUCAUGCCGACUUUGUUAAAUGCUUGGCAGCGACCGACGCAACAAAUUGGGUUGCUAGCGCGGGCUUUGAUAGAAAAGUCAGUCUUUGGGAUUUGAACGAAUCCAGAAGCUCUGCUAUCUUGACAUUUUCUACAGCCUCCCAACAACACGGUUUAACUAAUGUAUCAGGGCAUGUGUCUGAUUCAUCUCCCAAAGCGUCCAUUUAUGCCUUGGCAACUAAUUUACACGGGAAUAUAAUUGCCACUGGCUCACCUGAAAAGGUUGUGAGGCUUUGGGAUUCAAGGUCUGGAAAGCGCAUCACAAAGUUCACGGGCCAUACUGACAAUAUCCGUGCGCUGCUAAUCAGCGAUGACGGCCAAUUGGUAUUGUCAGGGUCGUCCGAUUCAACUAUCAAACUUUGGUCAACAAAAACUUCUAGAUGUCUCGCUACCUAUGAGACCCACACAGAUUCAGUAUGGACACUGUAUUCGGAUCAUCCUCAGCUCAAGACAUUCUUUGCAGGCUCAAAGGACGGCUUGGUGACUAGAACAGAGCUUGGCAGUCAUGAAGCUGGUGGUUCAUCUGGAGAAGACGAAUGCGUUGGUAUUUUCAAGGAGAACGGAGGAGUUGCCAAGAUUGUUGUAUUAGACGACCGAUAUGUAUGGACUGCUACAUCUAGUUCAAGCGUCAAUCGAUGGUUGAGUAUACCACCAAAGCACUCCCGCGGCUUGUUAUCACGAUCAGCGUACAAUCCCGAAAUACCCAACAGCGCCAUGGUCCAACUACCCCCACCAGACAUUGCGUUUUCAGGGCCCCUACCGGAAUCAUUUAUGAGCAGUGAGAACAUGACUUUGUAUGCUGGUUCAGUUCUGUCCAUCCCCAUGAGCUAUCAUGAAGAUGAUGCAGAAUCGAGUGAAACAUUGAUCCCACUUCGUGACACACCAGAAAGUGUAAUUGAAGGAAAACCGGGUCUCAGCUCACAUCUGAUGCUAAACAAUCGUCGAUAUGUCCUGACUGUGGAUACUGAAGGCCAAGUCGCACAGUGGGAUCUAGUUGAGUGCAAAAAAAUCAAGAUAUUUGGCAAGCGGCCAAUCGAAGAAGUGGCUCAGCAGAUCAACACCAUGGAGACGUUCUCCAACUGGUGCGCUGUGGAUACUAAGAUUGGUGCUAUUACUGUUCACUUGGAUGAGCAGACAUGCUUCGAUUGUGAGAUGUACGCUGAUGAAGCGAACUUGCCCGAAGACUACGAGAUCCGAGAGGAACAAAGAAUCAACUUAGGAAAGUGGGUGUUACGAUACUUGUUUGAAGGUUUUGUCACUGCGGAAUUGGUUGUUCAAGAAGAAGAAUUACAAAACUUUAAAGAAUUGCAAACCGAUGAGUCCCCUACUCAUACCGGAAGGUCUUCUCCGAAUUUCAAUCAACAAGUACCAGAGCUACAAACACCCAACAUCAAGGCGACUGAAAACGUGGACCUGAGUCAAAAUACUGCUACCCACCAUAGUGGAGCAGCAACUGCACCAACAACGGCAUUUCAACGACAAGACUACUUUUCUGGUGCUCACCAUGAUAAUCCACCGCAAACGCCGUUGAUACAAGCUCCUCCGCCAGCUGCAUUUACUUCCAAUAAUGGUCCAAUGUCACCAACCACUGGAGGUUUCAUGGGGCGGUUGCGCAAUUUGUCUGUUAAGGCCAAGCUGGGUCGUACACCGAGUGCCGAAGCUAAAAUGGAAGGUGGUAUGAUGAGCAGUUUGGCUUCGUCAGCAGAUAAUUCAUCAAGUUUACAAUCGUCGAAUCCGUUGCAUGCACGAGCAGCGUCCACACCUGAACAGGGAGCUUACAAUCCCGACAUGGCAUCCAAACAAACAAAAGGUGUGGCAGCCGACGCUCAUCAACAAGCAGACUCCAAGCAAGCUCAACUUGAACCUCCAGUUCCUCCAGUACCGGAAACUGCUAGUUUGUAUACACCUGCCACUGUGAAUGAAGUUCCUACAAUUGAGAUCCCUCCUACGACGACGGUUAUUAUUUCUGAAGAAAGCUUUGAGGCGUCGACUAGUAUGGAUUUGUAUCGUGGAACAGUUGGAUCUACUGUCAAUGACGCCAAAGUGAUCGAAAAGGUUGCCCCCAAUUGGUUAUUGGACUAUCUCCUCUAUAACAAAGCACCCCACAAAGAACCCGUCAAGCUGACCUUUGUGCUUCGGCCGCAUGAGUCUUCUAAUUUGCCUGAAUUACCUGGUGGCGCUCAUAACAGACUGUUAGCUAACAGAGUGCUUCGGGUGAGAAAACUCGCUCAGUACAUAGUCGAUCGACUGAAGUCCGAGGAUGAGAUGGCAUAUGGUCACUUGCAGGCUGAUGGUAUAGAACUUCUUUGUGGUGAGACUGCGCUUGGACCUACCAUGACACUGGCAACCAUCAAACAGAGGAUACUGAAAGCCAGCGGUGAUGUUCCAUUAAGUUAUCGCCUAAAUGAAAAUUUUAAAAAUUCGUCUUAGAAAAUUUGUUCAAUCAUCUCAUAAUUUCUUUUGGCACACCGUCCUUUCCGUUUUUUUUAUUCUUCUUCCGCCAUCAAUUCCCUCUCCAGACCGUUCAUCUUCCCUUCACAUUCUCACCCAUGGCACACGGAAGGAACCGAUUGUACUUUGCGAUCGCCUUCUUAGUGUCAGCCAUACCUUCACUCGUCGCUACCUAUCUUAUGGCUCACGAAUACACUGCGCUCAGCUUAAUUCUCUUCAUUACCUCAUUGCUAUGUCUAGUUAUAUCCAUUGUCAUGUUCCUUGGCUACAAAACCAUCAAAAAAGGUGCACCUGUCGUUGCUCGCACUUUGUCUCGGACCAGUAAAUUGCUGUCACCUAU